AUGGCACGACCUCCCAAGGCAAAGGCUGCUGAGUCUUCCAAGGCCGCCAUCGCACCCCCCAAGGUCAUCGACGUCGAGAAUUUUGUGAGAGUCCGCGAUAGCGUCUACGCUCGUCUCUCCACCAUCCAGGAUCUGAUCAAGUCGUUCUCUAUCGACUAUCUCCGUCAGACCAACCUGCUGCUUGGCGAGGGUACUAACCUGGAAGAUGGCGCUGACCUCCCUAACUUGGAGGCCGCGCUCAACAUCCAGCCCUUCCCCGUCGCUGCUCCGGCCCCUGCGCCCGUUGAGGAGAAGAAGGAGCGCAAGAAGCGCGUCCACGAUCCCAAUGCGCCCAAGCGUCCCCUGACCCCGUACUUCUUGUACAUGCAGACUGCCCGCCCCAUCAUUGCCGCGGACCUCGGCGACACUGCUCCUAAGGGCGCUGUCCAGGAGGAGGGCCAGCGACGAUGGGGUACCAUGACCGCUCACGAGAAGCAGGGCUGGAACCAAGCAUACCAGUACAACCUCCGCCUGUACAAUGCUCGUGUUCACUCCUACAAGGCCGGCAACGCCAGCGCCAAGGACAUGUCCGACACGGACGCCAUGAAGUACGCCGAUGACUUCCAGAUCCCCAUGCCCGCCGUCUCCGGCCUUGAGGACCCUGCCGGCAACGACUCGGCCGCCAUUGCCGAGCAGCUCCAGGCUAGCGCCCCUGAGCCAGAGGACACCGCCGCCAAGACCCCCAAGGCGAAGGCUUCCCGCAAGCGCAAGACUGCCACUCCCGGCGGAGAGGCCGAGGUCGCUAAGAGCACCCCGGCUGCCGCCAGCCCUGACAAGAAGCGCAAGAGAACUUCCACUAAGCCGGUAGAGCCCGAGAAAGAAGAGCCCAAGAAGUCGGGACGCAAGAAGGCUAAGAGCGGUUAG